UUCCCUUAAUAGCCCAAACAAAAAUAUUUAAGUCUAAAACAAUGGCGAAAUUCCAAGGGCAGUUGUGUAAUUCGGAAUUAUACAAAUAUUGCAACCAUAUCAGCAAAGUAUGACAGAGAGCUCUUCCAACGGCCACACAUGGCCUCCUUUACCAUCAACACUCCACAGCAUCACCAACAUCUCUUCCCACGCACUCUUUGUAAGUGUCCUUCUUCUCUCUAUCUCUCUAAUUUCCACUCUUUUUCUCAUUUCUUCACUUUCUCGCCUCCCAAACACCCACUUUUUAUAGUCCAAGAUCAUGUUAGCAGACUACAUGCAAAGUUUUCUGCAACUCACCAUCAAACUACAACAACAAUUACUUUAAGAACUAGAAAAAACACUGCUCCUCCCUCCUCUUCUUUAAAAACUAGAGACGAAAGGAUCUAUAAAAAAUUAGGAAAAGACUUUGUUGGUUCAACUGUGGAGGAAAAUUCUGAAAAGAGGUUUAGUAGGGAUAAGAAUACAAGAAGAAAUCCUAGUUUUAGAAAAAGAAGAGAUGUGGGUUCAGGGAAUUCUUCUUUCAAGUCUAAAGAUGAGAAUAUAGGAAUCAAAUCUUCAAAAACUGUGGACAACGAGGUAGUGAAUGAAAAAAAAUUGAAUAAGAGAAGCAAUGAGCGCGGUCACUAUAAUAAGGUCAGAGGAAAAAAUAUGUCGAAGGAAAGUACUAAAAAUGAUUCAUCAGAAGUUCCGUUGAGACUUCAGUUGGACAUGUGCUCAAAGAGAGGGGACGUAAUGGGUGCAAUUCAAUUGUAUGAUAAAGCUCUUAAGGAAGGGAUUAAGUUGGGGCAAUACCAUUAUAAUGUACUUUUGUAUCUUUGCUCCUCUGCCGCUGUUGGUGUUGUUAAACCUGCUAAAAGUGGGAGUGGUAGUCGAACCUUGGAUACAUUCGGCAUGUCUAAUGAAGUUUCAACUGUGAAUUCUAUGGAAUUAGGUGAAUUAAGUGACGGGGACAAUGUAAGUUAUGGGGUUACAGAAUUGAAAAAUUCUGGUCCAAACUAUGUGCAAUCGGUUGAUUCUAGUAGUAGCAGUAGUGCUCUGAGUGAAAAAGAUAGCUUAACCCAGACUUCUAAUGGGCCUAUGAAUCCAAAUUCUCAAUUGUUAGAUGAUGAUCAAUCUCCUGAAAAAGGUAGGAGCAGCGGUAACCAAGAUGAUCAUGAAAUUCGCUUAAGUGAAGAUGCCAAGAAGUAUGCACUCCAGAGGGGAUUUGAGAUCUACGAGAGGAUGUGUUUGGAUAAGGUCCCACUUAACGAGGCUAGCUUGACAGCGGUGGGAAGAAUGGCAAUGUCGAUGGGUAAUGGUGACAUGGCAUUUGAUGUGGUGAAGAAAAUGAAGCCACUAGGGAUAAAUCCCAGACUGAGGUCUUAUGGUCCUGCCCUUACAGUUUUCUGCAGUAAUGGAAAUGUUGAUAAAGCAUUUGCUGUUGAAAAGCACAUGUUAGAGCAUGGAGUCUAUCCUGAAGAGCCUGAAUUGGAGGCACUCCUGAGAGUAAGUGUAGCAGCUGGUAAAGGUGACAAGGUAUAUUAUUUGUUGCAUAAAUUGAGGACAAGUAUAAGAAAAGUCUCACCCUCUACUGCAGAUAUAAUUGUGCAAUGGUUUGAAAACAAAGAAGCUGCAAGACUAGGGAAAACAAAAUGGGACAGGAGAUCAUUGAAGGAAACAAUGCAUGGUAAAGGUGGGGGCUGGCAUGGGCAGGGCUGGUUAGGUAAAGGGAAGUGGAAUGUAUCACGUACCGCUAUUAGAGCCGAUGCAGUAUGUGAGUGCUGUGGGGAAAAAUUGGCCAUGAUUGACCUUGAUCCUAUUGAAACCGAGAGUUUUGCUGAAUCAGUUGUAUCCAUUGCUGCUAAGAGAGAGAGAAAUUCAAGCUUCCAAAAAUUUCAAAAAUGGCUUGACUACUAUGGACCUUUUGAAGCAGUGGUGGAUGCUGCAAAUGUCGGUCUUUUCAGCCAGAGGAAAUUCAAACCAUCAAGGGUCAAUGCCAUUGUUAAUGGGAUACGCCAGAUGAUUCCUUCAAAGAAAUGGCCACUCAUUGUUUUGCAUAACAAGCGCAUCACCGGACCCAAGAUGGAUCAACCAGUAAAUAGAGCAUUGAUUGAGAAGUGGAAAAAUGCUGAUGCACUCUAUGCAACACCAACUGGAUCCAAUGAUGAUUGGUACUGGUUGUAUGCAGCUAUAAAGUUUAAAUGCUUAAUUGUGACCAAUGAUGAGAUGAGAGAUCAUACAUUUCAGCUUCUAGGAAAUGAUUUCUUCCCCAAAUGGAAAGAAAGACAUCAAGUGCGUUUUAGUUUUUCUGAAACUGGUCCAGAGUUCUACAUGCCUCCUUCAUAUUCUGUUGUAAUCCAGGAAUCGGAGAAUGGCAGCUGGCAUAUUCCAAUUGCAUCAGAACAUGAUUACGAAGCAGAAAGAAUGUGGUUAUGCAUUACACGUGCGAACUUAUAUCUAACCAGGCAAAGUUUGGCUACACGCUCCAAAGCCUUAUGACCCUAAAAAACAAGAAGCAAGGUCAACAACUCCAAA